AUGCGAAAUGCUUAUGAUGAUACAAUAAUUGAGGCCGAUUUCAAUCCUGAUGAUUUACCACAACGUCCGCCUUCCCAAAUGGAUUAUGAUGAAAUUAUUGCUUUUCAUUUGCGAAAGUAUUGGGCUGCUUCAGAAGCCGCAACUUCAAAAUUCAGUGAGCGUAUGCAAUUGUGGGAAGCAAGAAUGACCUUAGCUUUGGAUGAAGAAAGUCAACAUCGUGAAUUUGAUACUCGACAAUAUGGGGAUGAACUUCUUGAUAAAUUCGAUGGACAGAUUGGAACUGAAGUUGAUUUUACUCAAAUGCUUCAGUCAAUUCCAAAUGAAUAUGAUCGUUCUCGUUAUUUACUUGUUACACUUAUUCUAGCAAAUAUGGGAAAUUUGGAAAUUAAUGUGGUGGAUGAUGAUAAUAUACAAAAUGGACAGAAAAAUGGUGGAGGAGAACAUUUGUUAGAACGAGAAACUUCCCCUGUACCAAACGUCACCGAUCAUAUUCAAUUAAAAUUGCUUAAACUUGAACGACAUCAUCAGAUAUUCGAGGAAGAACAACGUUUAUUGGCUGGAAUAUCCGAUUAA